AUGGUGAUCAGUGGCAGACGACUUGAAGGGAAAGUGGCUGUGGUCACGGGCGGUGGAGGUGGAAUUGGAUCUGCUGUUGGUCAGACUUUCAGCGAAAAGAGAGCAAAGGUUGCGCUCGUCGACCGGGACCCGGAGUUGCUUCAGGAGGCGAUUGAUGAAAUCAAGGGUCAUAACCCGCAGACUCAAGUAGCCUCGUUCGUUGUGAAUCCCGGGGAAGAGAGCGAGGCGGCAAGAGUCGUCAAGGAAACUGGCAAGACUUUUGAAGGGAUAGAUGUCCUCGUGAACAAUGUCGGAAUCCGCUCUUAUAUACCUAUUGACGGCACCCCUUGGGACAAAUGGCACGAUAUUAUCAAUGUCAACAUGCGCUUCGUCUCCAUGACCAGGGCCUGCUGGCCUACUCUGCGCAAGAGUGGUCGUGGCAGUAUCGUCAAUAUCUCGUCAAUGAACGGGGUCUACGGCGGCAGGGGCAUGGGAGCGUACGAUAGCAUGAAGUCGGCGGUCCUGACAUUCAGUCGCACUCUGGCUCAUGAGGAACACGAGCACAACGUUCGUGUCAACAGCUUCUGUCCAGGAUUCACCCGCACCAAGUUUCAACUCAAGCGGCUCGGGCAGGAUACUGUGGAUGACUAUGUGCCCUCGUGUAACAUACGCCGUUGGGCUGAUCCGGUUGAGUUGGUGUAUCCGAUACUGUGGCUAGCCUCGGAAGAAGCCUCGUACGUAACCGUUGGUACCUUUAUGAUUGAUGGAGGAUACGGUCACGUUGAAUAG